AUGGUUUCUGGGACUGGUGAACAGAGGAUGUCAUCAUCAAGGUCCAAGCUCCCUCUGCUGCUGUAUGGGAUCCUCCUGUGCAGCUCCUUUGCUCCUGUCCCAGUCAUCAGCAGUAAGAGACAAAGCAUACAAAGUGCCAGGCCCGGGUCAUUGUUGCAGGCCAGCGGCAGCUCCUGGGACAAGAGAGAGGCGACAGCUAGAGAUGGAGAAUACCUGCUGGGGAUAAAGAGACUAAGAAGGCUUUACUGUAAUGUGGGCAUUGGCUUCCACAUUCAGGUCUUACCAAACGGGAAGAUCACAGGCGUGCAUAAUGAAAACAGAUACAGCCUUCUAGAAAUUUCCCCAGUGGAGCGAGGAGUGGUGACUCUGUUUGGAGUGAGAAGUGGCCUCUUCGUUGCCAUGAGCGACAAAGGGAAACUCUAUGGUUCGGGCCACUACCAGGAUGAAUGCAAGUUCAAGGAGAAUCUCCUGGCCAACAACUAUAAUGCCUACGAGUCAGCUGCCUACCCUGGCAUGUACAUUGGCCUCAGCAAGACGGGCAAAACCAAGAGAGGCAACCGGGUCACACCCACUAUGACCAUGACACACUUCCUUCCCAGGAUAUGA